CACAGCCAGGUACGUCUCCCAGGUUUGUAGGACUCAGGACGCCCGAGGGAAACCUGCUGCAGGAGCGAUGGACGACCUGUACCACGACUACAACUUCAGCUACGAGGACCAUACUCACCUGUGUGAGAAAGCAGACGUCCGAGCGUUCGCCGGUCUCUUCCUUCCCACGGUGUACACGCUCUGCCUGCUGGUGGGCAUCGCCGGAAACGCUCUGGUGGUGGUGGUCUACGGCGUCCACAAACGACUGAGGUCCAUGAGUGACGCCUUCGUGACCCAGCUGGCUGCGGCGGACCUGAUGCUGCUCUUCACGCUGCCGUUCCGGGCAGCGGCGGCGGCUCGGGGCUGGGAGCUCGGGGAGGUGGUCUGCAAGACCCUGUCGGCUUGUUACACCAUCAACUUCGCCUGCUGCAUGCUGCUGCUGGCCUGCAUCAGCCUGGACCGCUGCCGUGUGGUGGCCUGCGAGCACGGCCAGUUGCUGUGGAGGACCUUCAGCAGGAGACACUGCUGGAAGAUCAGCACGGCCGUCUGGGCCACGGCCUUCGCCCUUGGAGUGCCUGACUUGGUCCUCUCCAAAGUGAUCCGCUCUUCAAACAGAAGCGUCUGCCUGCCCGUCUACCCGGUCUCUGGAGAGCUGGAGGUUUUUCUGGAGAGCAUCGAGGUGCUGCUGGGAUUUCUCAUUCCACUCCUUGUGAUGGUGCUGUGUUACUGGAAAGUGGGCAGAGCCCUGAAAGAAGCCACAGGCGGGGACAAGAACCGGAAAGCUUUUCGCAUUCUCUUAAUAGUUGUGGGGGUUUUUGUGGUCACUCAGCUGCCGUACAACAUCCUCAAGUUCUACCGAGCCAUGGACUCCGUCUACGCACUGGUGACCCACUGUGAGAGCAGCAAAGCCCUGGACCACGCCACUGAGGUGACGGAGAGCCUGGCCCUCACGCACUGCUGCCUCAACCCGCUCCUGUAUGCAGUGAUGGGCUCCUCCUUCUGGCAGCAUCUGCUGACAGUGGCUAAGACGUUAGGACGGAAGAGAAGGAGGACGGAAACCUCGGAAGGAGACAUGAACAUGUCAGCUGACUCCCAGGGACAGUCGCAAGAAACAAGCACAUUCUCUGUUUGAGUUCAACUCUCCGAAACUUGGACCCAGAAUUAAAAGCAGGUUCUGUUUGUACUCGGUCCAGGGAGCUCUUUCCAUAAAUCAUGAAUUCACAGCUUUUCUGACUGAAUCAAGUAGGACUGAGUCCAGAGCUAAAUUUUCGGGGCGCAGCAGGUCAUGAUUUCAGCAGGAAACUAUUUGACUGAGUUGGACCAAAAAAUUAUCAGUGGCUACAGACGGUGUCGUCUCAAUAUUUAUUCGAAGCUGCAAAGCGGCUCCAUUAGUGAGCCACUGUUCACGCACCUCAACAGACAGCCGAGAUUUAAACCUUAUUCAGAGAACUUUCUUCUCAGCUGCACUUUCACAAACUUCAUUUGUAUGGUUUGAACACUUCUGUGACUCUGAUUUGAUACUUUUGUACAUUGUUUUCCUGUUUUUAGUCACUGCAACAGUGGAGCACGAUGCAUCUGCCUUGUGUCACAAUAAAGCAACACAUUGCUAGCAACGUCAUUAACAUACAAAGUAACUGGGCUGGA